AUGGCAAAACGUUCAAAAAGCCUGACAGCUUCUUCCAAGGCGGUGGACCCCACCCUCGACGCUCUUUUUGCGUCCAGUGCUGGUCCUGUGCAGGCUCCCGUUAAGUCAAGAUACUCGACGUUGGUGGAACAAAAGGUUCGGGAACCUCCCAAGCCAAGGGUGCAACUCGAAGAACAAGACGCCGACGAUGAGGUCCUCUCUGAGAUUAGCGAGGAGCUGAGUUUCGAAGAAGAUGGCCCAUCAGACGAGGAAGAGGAUGUUUCCGACGCUUCGGAGCCAGAGGGGGGGAGUGAAGACGAGCAAGAGGAAGAGGAAGAAUCUUCAGACGAGCCCAUGAAGGAUGCGCCAGUGGAGCUCGACGACAUUAUUGAUGCGACAGAAGACAAGUCAAGCAAGGAUCGGAAACGAAAGAGAAAAAACGAAAACGACGAUCUGGAGGGCAAAUACUUGGACAAACUUGUUGCGGAAGAGGAAGCUGAGCGCGCCGGCAAGCGACAAAAGAACGAUGCUCUGAAUAAGACCGAAAAGGCUGUCGCGGAGGAUGAGGAUGCCGGCAACGACAGUGACAUUCCCGUCCAUGAGACCCUCGCCAAGAACAACAAGUCGUCAGACCUCGAGAAGGCAGCGCGAACAGUCUUCCUCGCCAACGUGUCCACAGAAGCAAUCAAUUCCAAGGCCGCCAAGAAGACCCUCAUGGCCCAUCUGUCAUCCAUUCUGGAUAAAGAUGUCACUCCUCCGCAAACUAUCGAGUCAUUGCGUUUCCGUUCCGUUGCUUUCGCAGGUGGCUCUCUCCCUAAGCGAGCAGCUUACAUUACUAAGAGCCUGAUGGACGCGACGACCAAGUCCGCUAAUGCAUAUGUCGUGUACUCAACCUCGGCGGCUGCUCGCAAGGCUGCCGCAGAACUCAAUGGUACCCAAGUCCUUGAAAGGCACCUGAGAGUUGACAGCGUCGCCCACCCCAGUCCCACGGAUCACCGCCGGUGUGUGUUUGUUGGCAACCUCGGGUUUGUUGACGAUGAGACCGUCUUGAACACCAACGCGGAUGGUGACACUACGGAGAAGAAGAAGAACAAGACCCCAUCCGAUGUCGAAGAAGGUCUUUGGCGAACGUUUGGCACCCAGGGCAAGGUUGAAAACGUCCGAGUAGUUCGAGAUUCCAAGACUCGUGUAGGCAAGGGUUUCGCCUAUGUCCAAUUUUAUGACGGCAACGAUGUCGAGGCAGCCUUACUCCUUGAUGGCAAGAAAUUUCCUCCCAUGUUGCCGCGUAAGUUGCGAGUUACUCGAGCCAAGGAUCCUCGCAAGACAGCUCUCGCCCAGGAGCGAGCCAGGGGCAAGAAUAUCGUUCCUAAUGGCGCCGCCAAGAGCACAAAAUACAAGCACAAGGCUACACCUGAGGAGCAGUCCAUGGCUGGACGUACAAGCAAGCUUCUCGGCCGCUCGGCCGCCGUGCAGCAACGCCACAAGAAGCGCCCCUCAACACAGGGUGCUUCCGAAGAUGCUCAGAACAUUCCGUCCAAUAUCAAAGGACCUGAGCAGUUCGUUUUUGAAGGCCGUCGUGCUUCAGCUAAGGACGGCACACCCAAAGAUCUUAAACUUGGUAAGAAGGGCAAGGGCAAGGGCAGGUCCGGCAGGCCCCAAAACCGAGGCGCAAGGAGAGCUGCCGAGUGGAAGAAGAAGAGCUGA